AUGACGAGCCAUCCGAGCACAUAUCUGUGGGAUCCAGAGAUGCCAAACCUCCUGGUGGACGAUAUUCAAGACUAUCAACAGCAGGCUCUCCAACCUCUGUGGCCAUGGGGCUACGACCCAAGCGGUUACGAACCACAUUCCGAGAAUUCCAUGCCAUCAACACCAGACUCGUCAUACCAUGACACGUCUCUCGAAUUACCGUUCUACAACCCAGAGGACUUGAUCGAUCUGCAGCGAAUCGGCACACCGAUGAGUGAUCAAGAACCCGCUGUCAAUGUUGACACUACUGGGACGGGUGCGAAUAAACGUAUUCGACGGAGAGAGCAGAAUCGUGCUUCGCAACGAGCUUACAGGGACAGACAGCGAGGCAAAAUCGCUGAGCUGCAGUCCAAGGUCGUAGCACUCCAAACACAGAACGAGAAGCUGCUGGCAAGAAACAACAUGCUUGAGGCUGCGUUUCAGAGAGAUAGACCGCAGACUGCAUCAGGCCACCCUACCCAGCAGACCCCGACAAGCCAAACAAGCAACCACUGUUCAACAUCUCAAGAAUGGUACGGAGCGUGGUCACCGGUAGUGCCGGUGCAGCGGCUUCAGCGGUCUCAAACAUCCGAUAUGCAGGGCAGAAGCGGCUUCGAUGCCGAGCAAUGA